CAGCGUUUCCCCGCACGCCUGAAACCGCGCCGUCCACUUCAAGCCUCCAAAUUUAAUUGUUUAGACAGCGCAGUUUCAGCUGCGACUACGACUGCAACGCAGCUGAGGUCGAUCGGGUCGCUCACAAGCAGUUUUCCUCUCCUCCUCUCCUCUUCUCUUCCCACCGACAAACAGAGCACAAUGGUCAACCCAGGCCGAGUAUGCUGCAUCACAGCACCGUUCCUCCUGUCGAUAGCGGUGCUAGUAUGUCUAGUCCUUGUCUUCAUCGCGGGCACUUACGACCGGAACGACACCGUUGACGAUCUGUACUUCCUUAAGAUCGACCUGACGAACCUCACACUAAGUUCCUCCGCGAACAUCGUCGACACGAUCGAUGGGUCCAAUAGCACGGCUCUGGGCGGUGCGCUGGAGACGGCGAAACAAUCGCUAGGCAUGAAAGAUUACUACACGAUAUACAUGCGCAGCUACUGCAGUUGGAACGGCAACGAUACCUACGCCAAUUGUACCGACCCAAAGGCGUACUUCUGGUUCAAUCCAGUCACUGUCUGGGGCCUAAACAGCACGGGCGAGAGCGUCGACGAAUUACUGCCCAAAACCUUCCGCGACGGCCUAUCCGCGUACCACGCCGCCAGCAAGGCCAUCUUCUAUCUGUAUGUCGUUGCGCUAGCGGCCUCAGCGGUGACAUUGGUCGUCGGCAUCUCUGCGAUAUUCUCACGGUGGGGCUCGUUCUUCACCACGUUCUGCGCCGCGGCAAUGGCCUUGAUGACGAUUGGAGCGAGCGUCACUGUCACCGCAGUGUACAUCAUACUCAAAGGGGCGCUGAACGGCGCCUUGAAAAAGGACUAUGGGAUCGUCUCCACGAUAGGCACGAAAGUCCUGAGCGUAACGUGGAUUGGCACUGCAUUCGCGGUUGGCGCAGGCUUCUUUUGGCUGCUGAGCGUGUGCUGUUGCUCGGGUCGCAGCCCGUACCAUAAGAACAGGGAUGAAGCGAGGCGCACGAGAGCCGAAAAGACGCCGUAUACGUAUGAGAGGGUGGGAAGUCCGUAUUUGGGACCGAGCGAUCACCAGAGCGUGCCGCUACACUCGAUGGGCGCGACGCCUGGAUUCCAACAGCCGCUGCAGCAGCACCAUCAUCAACAUCAACAGACGGCGUAUGAGCCGUUUAGGUCGCAGGGUGUGUAAAUGUGCAUUCAUUGGCUUUUCAGCGUGGCGUGGUAUUGCGAAAUGACGCUCGGCUUUGGGAAAGGUUCUGGAUCGGGGAAUUGAAGAUGAACAAAAGCUGUGGCAAGGGGUAUAUACAU